ACGUGUUUUUUCCUAUACGUACUGUAUAUAGGAUUUGGUACUCUCCAGGAGUCCACUGAGGGUCUUAGAAUGUAUUCCCCAGGGAUAAAGAGGGACUAUUGUACAUUUACAAAGAUGAUGCUGUCUUGGUUCUUAGUCUUUAUAACCUAAUUUUUUAAAUUCUUUUUUCCCCCACAGUUCAUCCAUGAGCUCGGAUUUCCCACAUUACAACUUCAGGAUGCCUAAUAUUGGAUUCCAGAAUCUGCCUCUCAACAUAUAUAUUGUGGUUUUUGGCACUGCUAUAUUUGUCUUCAUCCUUAGUUUACUCUUCUGUUGCUACUUGAUUAGGCUAAGACAUCAAGCACACAAAGAAUUUUAUGCCUACAAACAGGUUAUAUUAAAAGAGAAAGUAAAAGAACUGAAUUUACAUGAGCUCUGUGCAGUGUGUCUAGAAGACUUCAAGCCUCGAGAUGAGUUGGGGAUUUGUCCAUGUAAGCAUGCCUUCCACAGAAAGUGCCUUAUUAAGUGGCUGGAGGUUCGGAAAGUGUGUCCAUUAUGCAACAUGCCAGUUCUGCAGCUGGCCCAGUUGCACAGUAAGCAGGACCGUGGACCCCCACAGGGGCCCCUGCCUGGGGCAGAGAACAUUGUAUAGCUUACCACAGGAUCAAACUGUUGCAGGUUCCCACGUCCGCAUAGAGGCAGGAGGAAUACCAGUGCUCUCUGUGUUGGCUGCUCUAGCUGGGGUACCAGCUGCCACUUCCUUUGCCUCAUGAAGAACUCUUGGGCCAACUAAGCUGAGAACCCAGACUUCUGGGUCUUGUGACAACCAAAGCGCGCUGACACUACCCCAUGUCAAGAGAAAAGAAGUUGAAUGAGCCUGUGGGUUUGGUUCAAGAAACUUCAUGAGUCUCUUGCUGACUCAAUUACAUGCUGUCUCCUAGACACUUAUCUCCAUGUAAGGUGACUCUCAAGCAGAAGGGAAGAUAAACACAAGUGUUAGAGAAGGGAACUGAGAACAGGUCUUUAAAGCCACCAACCCCCCCACCCUGUGGACAGAUGAGCUUCUAUGCAGACUGUGCAUGCCUUAGCAGCAGCAAACCUUCCUGGCAGCCCCUGAGCCAAGUAAAACCAGCGGUUACCUCAACCGAAGCACGACCGGUUACCUGAUUGGUGAGACAGUGCCAACAAGGCUUUUCACCUUAUGUUUCUUUGAUAAGGCCAUCUUGGAACCCAAGGGCUUUGGUUACAGUGCCCCUCGCCGUGACUUCUCCUUCAGUUUCACAACACCUGCUUAUCAAAUUAUCUAAGCUGAAAACAUUAGAUGCAUUUGGAGAGGCCUGGUCAGAAGCCAUUUCCUCUUAUUUUCCCAUGCCUACUUCACCAGUGAGGCCUGGCCAAGCCGCCCACCAGGAUCCCCAACAGGGGGUGGGCCUCUCAGCCCUUGCUGUCCCUGUGUGCUCCAGGGGAUCUCAGUGCUACCCACAUUCCCCCAUGCAAAGUGUGGUUCCAGCAUAGCCACUGGUCUUGGCCCACUAUCUUGGGAGGUAGCCAAUGGGAGCCUCUCAAGACAGCUGAGAAUGGCUAGUCCUCCUGGCCCUGCUGAUAGGAUGCUGACCCCCUUGCCUCUCCCCUCGCCUCUCCCCUCCUUCCUUCCCUCUGUUCUCUUCCCCCUUUUGCCCUAUCUCUGUUUCUACUUCAGAGAAAAUGCCUGUCAUUGACUUUUUAACAAUUUAAAGCAUCCCAAAUAAGAUCCCUCUGUAAUUCUGUAGCUGGGGAUCCACUUGAAAUUGUAAAUAGUUUCAGGAAGCUCCUGCAGGGCUGCUCAUUCAUUGCUGUGUGCCUCAGUAUUCGGACUUGUGAAACUAAUUGAAAGCGUCUUUAUAGGAGAGAAAUGCAUGCUGUUCUUUGGCUUUCUGUCCAACUUUUCUAGAAAUGACUCAGAGUCCGUUGGGAUUCAUGAAUAUUGUAUAAAUUAGCUAAGAACUUUCUAGUUCUUUCCCACACCCUGUUCACCUCCUUCCAUUAUAGGGCUGGGCUCCUGGGCUCCAGCUUUGCUCUGCUCCCACUGGUGUGAGUAGGGCAGUUUCUCACUGCAAACAGUCUCCAUGGUAUGGAGAGAGGAUGGAGGAUGCUUUGCAAUUCUGCUUAUGGCAUGUAUCCAGGAAUUUUUUCUGGAAUCCAGCCUCUACCGUCUUAGAAUGGGAAAGGGAACCUGUCCUUGGCUCAGGUAGCUGGUCAAAGGAUGAGGAAAAUUCCUAUUAGCCCAGAAAAGUGCUGGACAGAAUCCAGUUUGGAAAAUUACAAAUCCACUUGGUCAGAAUUGGCUGUUUUCUGUGUGACCUAUUGUAUGGUAUUCCUAUGGUAUGCCAACUGGACUGUUUCUUAAACAGGGCAAGGAAAGUGUGGAAUAUUUUUAUGUGAAAGCCUUAGCCUGUUUGGCACCCAUGAAAAGAACAUUUGUACACUCAGACUUUCACCCUGUUUCUGCGUUCUGUUUGUAGCACAAUAGAGUUGAAUGCUGCAAAGUACCCAGUUUACAGUGAAAUGUUUUCAGUGACCAAUGUCAGAAGUAGGCUUACUUCUGGACUAGCCUCAUUAAUGACCAACACCCACCAUUUUCCAUGGAAUGGCCUUGGGACAAAUGUCAUCUUGUUACAGGGUUCAAAUAGGAAAGAGAAUUUUUUUCCCCAGAAAAGGAAUGCUUGCGCUCUAUACUGCAAAUUGCUUUGGCUCCGUUUUUGUAGGACUAUAGCCUUUCAGUUGCAGCCUUUUUCUGUCCCUGUGUCAGUACCAAGGAGACAGCCUCACCAAGUCCCUGUAUUUGUAGGGAGGCAAAUUAAUUCAUUUCACUGUGUCACAGUCAAAAGCAAGUUGAGGUCGUUGGCAUGCACUGGGCCAGACGCGCAAAGCCAGAUAGUUUAGAGGAAAGCUCGAGAAUGCUGUGCACUCUUCACUGGGCACUGUAGUGGGUCUGCUUUGCCCCAUGAGGUGCCACUAAUGUGACCUCAACACUUGUGUGGGGGCACUUUCUAAAAUGCAGCUCUUCCACUAGGACGGGGCUGGGCAUUGGCAUGCUGAGUGCCCCCUCUACUCAGUCAUCUCCCCUUUCUUGGCUUGGUGUCCUUCUGCAGCAUAGCCAUUGUCACUUGGCAGUAGUUCCUGGAAUUCUUAGCAACACAGCCUGAAUGCAUUUGCCACCCACAUUUGGGUCCUCCUCCGCACUUCCCUGUACUGCACUGCUCUAACUGCACGUGGCUGGGGGUUAAUCACAGUAUUGUGUGACAAAGGUAAAUUUCCAUCUGGACCUUUUUUUAAAGAAUGAGUCAAGGAUCCCUUAAUACACUUGGCUCAGGCUCACACCACACAGUGAGGCUGCCCUGUCCACAUCUAUCUCUGAGUGGGUGACCUUUUGUUAAUCUGUAGACGUGUGGGUACUCCAAUCUGCUCUGGGGCCACUGGCUAAUAACAUUUUACUUUGUCUUAAUGCAUCUUAAGCAGCUCCAAGAUUGGUUACUUGUGUGCCAUAGGUUAUUGGAACAGAACUCAGCCCCACCACCCCCAACUGGAUUCCACUGGUGACUGAAUCAUUAUCUAAUGGUUGCCACAGGCACAAUUGAAUUCAGCUGGCUUUAGAAAUGGAACAAAACCAGCCUGACUUGGAUUCUUGGUUAUCUGCCACUUUACUUUGCCACAGAGUGAUUGGGUUAGGCCUGCCCUUCCAGGGACCAGGACAAGACAAAAACGGCCAGAGGGGAAUAGGUGGCCGAUGCAUGAGGAAGUCUGGGCUGAGGGAUACAGGGACCCUCCCUCCCACCAUUGCCAGAUAGUCAGUUCUUCACAAGUCUUGACAAAUGAAGAGCAUUUUCCCCAGUGCCAAGCCCCUUGAAUCCAUGACCUCAGGCCCUUUCCACAGCCCCACUCCAAAGUGUCAUCUCCAUGGCUUGAUCCCACUCUGCUAAGCUAUUCUCAAUGACUGUAGUAAUUUUCUGAGAGGCUUUGUGGGAAUUUCCCACUGGGAGGCAUCUCCAAAGCUCUGGACAUAAAAAGUGAUCAGUGAUUUCAAUCAUCUUUAUUACUCACCAGGCAGGUGCCUUUCUGCCAGUUAUCCUCUCAGAGCCAAUUUCCUUACCCAUCACCCAGGGAUUGUAAGAACAGUAUCUUUACUGGCUCUUGCAAGAAUUAGCUGUGUCCAUGGUCCAGCAGAUGACAGGCCUGACUCAUGGGAGCUGCUGAUACUAGGCAACUUCGUCAUGCAGGGCUCCCAUUGUCCCAGGUCUGCUGGCUCCCUUCCUCCUCCCGAUCUUCCCUAGUCACGUCCAUCUGCCUCUGCCCAGUGCUCCCUGACUUGUUGCUCAUUGCUUAAUAUGCCUUUUUAAAUCCUGAAUAGGUAAUCCCUUCCCAUGGUCCAUAAGUCAGUCGUCUUGCAUCCCUGACAUCCAGCAAGCCCAACUUCUGGCCCCUGGAGCACCCAGUUUUGUUCCUUGUGUGUCCUUCCAGAGGUCAUUGAUGUAUAUACAGGCAAACACACGCGCACACACACAUGUGUAUUUACAUGCAUGUAUAUCAUUUUCCUCCACUCAACUGAUACUGGAGUAUACUCAAGGAGCAUUCCUAUUUGUGUGGGAAGAGCCACACCGGAAGUCAGCCUAUCUGUAAAAGGUGAGCCCAGAAUGGGGGAUGCUUUUGCAGUCACAUCCCUUUUGAGUAAGGCCUAUUUUUAUUGAUUGCAGCACAUGGGAAUUCUAGUUUCCUAUACAACCAAAAAUUGCAGUCCCUCCCCUGCUCGUAUCACAGAUGUCCAAAUACAGGAGCACAACCUGUUUCCAGACACUUUCUACUCUGUGACUACACACAGGAGCAGGCUCUGUAGCCAAGAACAACAGUGCAGGCCUCUCAUCCAGGUCCAGCAGCAUAGCAGCCACCUGAACAAGCUGCCCCCAGCCCACACCACCUUGGCCAGUUCCAAGUGAAGCCCAAGUCCAGCAGUGAUGCCUGAUAACUGUCUUGCUUUCUUAGCUGAGCACCCAUUUUUGAGGCAGGAGCUUGAGAAGCAGCAGCAACUGAAGGCCAAGGAACUGUCCUAUCUUGCGAGGCAGAUGUCUCAGAUGUUGCUAAGCAAGUAAGUGAUCAAUCUCAAAAUUCACCAUAGAUGUUCAGCUACAUGGGUCAGGCUCCCCUCCCCACUGUAAGUGCGCACACACACACCUUCCCCCCCAAAAAUGCUUCCCAUAUUUUCCUAGCCCACUUUGUCCACUCCAUGACAUUACCCUGAAGUUCAUUUCUGCCCCUGGAGAAUAUGAAAAUUAAAGCUGCUUCCUUUAGGCAACGUGGGGAGCAGGCCAUGGACUGCUGCCUCUCAGCCUUCACCCACCCCUCUGGUGUCCUGCCGCCCAGAGCUUCCCCAGGACGCAAAAGUGCAUUUGGGCCCGACCUGAAACUUGAAAAUGAACUGCAUGUAAAUCUCCACCCUUCUGUCAUGUGUUAAAUCUUGGCCCCUGGGUUAGUGUGUCUUUCACAUUAGCUGUUAUGAAUUU